CACAGGCAUGUCGAACAUUCGCCCUGAGAGGAGGAUACACAUCCCAUUACACCACAACACUUCUCAAGUUUGGGCAGAAAUCAUUUCACAUCACAGCCAUGGAGCCAUUUGUUGCAAUCUAACCUCCUGCAAGGAACAUGUAACGCAGAUUAAAGCAUGCACAAACACGUAUCUUUACUGAGGAGUGAUGAGGCGGUCUGGCGUCUCACCAUCAUGUACUCCUCUAAAACAUCUGUGACCCUUGUAAUGAUCAACGUGACGAUAUGGUUGAUUAUACUCCUGCUCUGCCCUGGUAAACUGAGAGCCCAGCUCGGGACAACUCCCAACAUUAAACACAUUGUGAUUGGAAGGUGUUACAAUUACAUCACUCUAGUUAACCCCAGCUUAAGGUAUGACUGUGAGGAGAUCUGGAGACAGUUUGAGGAGGCGGUUGUCCAUCAGUCUUCUUGUAAUGUGACGGUGAAAGAUUACCAUCCGAUGUUUAGUGCAAUGUCACAAACCUGGCCAUGUGAUAGGUUUCUCUUCUGGAGUAAAACCAGGGCAUUGAUGCACAGCUACGCAGCUGUUGGUCGUCACUUCUGGACUCUGGAGGACACACUGGUCGGCUUCAUGUUCAAUGACCUCAUCUGGUGUGGACAAGAGCAGGACCCCGGUUUUGAUUUCAGCUCUUGUCCGGCGUGGUCAGUGUGUCGAAAUCACCCGGUGUAUUCCUUGUGGAGGCAAGCCUCUCAGAAUUUUGCAGAAAUGGCAUGUGGCAACAUCACUGUAUUACUGAAUGGAUCUAUUGUCAACGCUUUCAACAGGAAAAGCAUGUUUGGAAGUGUUGAGCUGGACAGUCUGAAUCCACAAAGGGUGGAUUAUGUCAACAUUAAGGUGGCAACCAAUCUAGAGGGACCAUACAUAGAAUCAUGUAGUCAAGGAUCCAUUGUAGACCUGAUCCAAAUCCUUCAGUCCAGAGGUUUCCGCUGGACUUGCACAGACAACGACGAGACCCUGAUGAUCCUUCAGUGCCUCCAGGACCUCAAACAGUCCUCCUGCCAGACAUGUGCAAACAGCCUGUUACGCAGAAAGAUCUUCGCAUCCAACUGAAUCACCCACAAGUUUAACCUGUAGUCUGAUAUUGUUUGUUUUUAAUAUUAUGCUGAGUGAAAGCAGAUUUAAAUAAACACGAGUUUAAUGUAAAUCCACAUUACAAAUAAAAAAAAUAACCUGACAGUGAACAGACAGUGAUGACUGUCAUCUUCAGCAGCUCAUGCUUGGGGCCUCAUCGCAGGUCAACUUGACCAUAUCUGAAACACGCGUCUGACUUGCUGUUUGUGUUUAUGGGACCAAAGGUCACUAAGGAAACACUACAAGCUCUCACUUCCAUGUGCAAUCUGGUCUUGAAUUUUUUUAUAUUCAGACAUAUUGUGAAUUUGUUUUUCUUUGGUUUCAUUUCACUGGUGGAUUGUUGAACUUUUUGGUUUGUUUGUUUGUGCGCUCAGUUUUCAGGCUGUAACACACCCAUUCAGACCUGCAUUGUGCUAUUUGCUUUUUGUUUCAUUGUAUAUCCUGCUCUUAUCAGAGUUUGAUUUGAACUUAGAACCAUAACAUACUUGUGAUAACACGUGUAAUUCAGUUAGGAGAGAUGAAGAACCUGCUUGGUGGGAUUGUUAACUUUUCAGUUGUGGCCCUCCUGUUUGCUUUCAAUGGUCCCUUGCAAUUCUCACAAUAUUCACUACUGAUAGCCGUUUCAUGACCUUUGAGUUACAGCCCACAAGCAUCUUUUAAAAGCAGAUUAGCAUUUAAUUGCAUGAACUCUAACAUCUCCUUGGUUUACAUAUGUAUUAUUAACUAACUUACAUAGGUGAUAUAAAAGAAAUGUGAAAGAGCAGCCGACUUUCAGGAGAAAGGCAAAUAUGUAUGAACAUCUUAAAGAAAGAAAGGUCUACAAACAUGUCUGCACCACAUGUAUAUUUCCAUUGUUUCUGAACGUCUUUCACACUGAAAUGCACUGCAGUCAGGUGUUACAGUGAUCAACGCUGUAACUGCCACUGCAGAAAUUCAGGUCCUCAGCAUUUUUAAAAUAAGGAAUUAAAAAUAAACACAUGCUGGAUAUAUUGUA